AUGAAUAACCUUCUCAAAAGUAUCCGAAGUCAAAUCCAUCAACAUUUUACCUCCUCCAAUAAUAAUAAUAAUACAGCUACUACUUCAUUACUUGGUAGUUAUAUGUUGAGUAGGAAAAGCUGCACAACCAAACAAUGGAAUGUUUUUGUGAUUGCCUGUGAUGGAAAUAUCGGAGUUGGUAAAAGUACACUCUGCAAGGUGAUGCAACAAUAUAUUCAUAAAGAGUUUAGUAGUAGUAUACUGUUGUGUCAUAUUGAAGAGGAUGUUGAGAAGAAUAUUGAACUCUUUAAAAAGUACUUGUCCAAUCAGAGAGAAUAUGGUCUUGAAUUUCAGAAAUGGAUUAUUAAAGAUAAGAUUCAACAAUUCUUAGAUAAGGUUUCAAUAUGGGAAGAUGAAAAUGUUGAGCAGGAUAAGAUUGUUGUCAUUAUGGAUAGAUCAUUGUUGGCAGAUCGUUUUGUCUUUUUCAGAAAUUUAUUAGAAAAGAAACUAAUGAGUCAAGAACAAUUACAAGAUUAUGAACAAACAUUUGAGAAAAUGUCUAGAGAAUAUCCAGUUAACUUGUUUUAUCCAGAUUUUCACAUCAUUUUAGAAGCUUCAAUUGAUGUUGCUAUGGAAAGAAUUAAUAGAAGAAAUAGAGUUGGUGAAAGUUCAGUUUACAAUAAGAAUUACUUACAAAUGAUUGAAGAUUUCCAUCUUGACAUGUAUAAAACCUUACCAGUGAGAGAAGGAGCAAUUGUAUAUAGACAUGAUAACAGUAUUAAUCAAAGUAUUACAAAUAUUGAACAAUUUCUUACAGAAUCACCACACAAUAGAUUUGUGUAA